AUGAUUUUCCCACUCCUAACCCUUGCUGCUUUGAGCACUCUUCUAAGCCAUUCUGCUGCCCUCCCUUCUCCACCUGGCCCUCCUGGCCCCCCUGGCCCCCCUGGCACUCCUCCUGGCACUCCUCCUGGUCCUCCUGGCCACGGUGGCCCACCUGGGCCCAGUUCAAACUACGUCGAUUGGAGAAAUUUUCGUGCGAAUGGCGUGAACCUUGGCGGUUGGCUGGUUCAGGAAUAUUUCAUUGACACAACAUGGUGGAACGCCAAUUCUGGUGGUGCAUCAGACGAAUGGGGUCUCUGCGCACACCUAGGCUCUCAAUGCGGCCCCGUACUGGAGAGAAGAUAUGCCACUUGGAUUACUCGUGCCGACAUUGACAAAUUGGCUACCGCCAACAUCAACGUCCUGCGCAUCCCUACCACCUAUGCCGCCUGGACGAAGCUCCCCGGCAGUCAGCUGUACUCUGGAAACCAGCAAAAGUAUCUCAAGGAUAUUGCGACCUAUGCCAUCACGAAAUACAACAUGCACGUCAUCAUCGACAUCCACUCUCUGCCCGGCGGUGUCAACGGCCAAGGUAUCGGCGAAGCAGAUGGUCAUUACGGCUGGUUCCACAACCAAACCGCUCUGUCCUACUCCUACAAAGCCGUCGACUCGGUCAUCUCCUUCAUCCAAUCCUCUGGUUUCCCUUCCCAUUUCACCAUCGCCCCCAUCAACGAACCCGUCGACAAUCACGAUCCGGCUGCCUUUGGGUCUCCCUACGCUCUCUCGGACUCCGCAGCCGACUAUCUGACAAACUUCACCAAAGGCGUACUCCAACGUGUGGGUAACGUCAACGCCAGAAUACCAGUCAUGUUGCAAGAUGGCUUUAAAGGCGCUCACUACUUCUCUCCUUCCUUCCCCGCAACCACAAACCUCGUCUUCGACAUCCACAGUUAUUACUUUGCUGGCCGAAACGCUUAUGCAUCGAAUGUGACUUCUUACAUCUGCACUGAUGCCACUGAGGCAGUCAGCGAUACCAAAUUCCCUGUGUUCAUCGGCGAGUGGGCGAUUGAGGCUCAAUAUAACAACACUUUUGCUGCUAGACAGGGGUUGCUUGCUGCUGGACUAUAUGCGUUUGGCAAGAAGACAGCGGGAAGUGCUUAUUGGACUGCCAAGGUUGGCGCGCCUAGUGCUUAUGAUGUUGAUGGUCAAGGAGACAGAAGUGAUUAUUGGAGCUAUGAGAAUUUUAUUGAUCUCGGGUUCUUCAAAAAUUCGAAGGUCGCGUCUGGAUAUUGCAAGUAG